UUGUGUUUGUAGACGCGGAUCGAAUGGGUCCUGGGAAAAGGAUUGUUCCUGGCUACUUCUUUUCAUCGAAAUCAAAAACAAACAAAUAAUAACGAUAAAACCCUUCCGGGUGGAUCGUCUGAACCGUCCGAAAGUGACCUGAAUGUGACCGUCAGACGAAGGUGAGGUCUCCUUUUCCGCCCUGACCGUAAGGAUAUUCUAAAUGAGGUCAGAUUGUCGACGAGGUCAAAGGGCGCUCGAAUAUGCGUAGGCAGGUAUAAAAACGGUGGCCAGACCUGCAACGAAGAAUAAGUAAGGAAAAAUAAAGGAAGAAAUCCCAAGUGAAAGAUAGCAAUGGAAUCAGUAAAGCAAAUGGGUUGUCCGUUAUCAUCUGGGCACGCGUCUCCAUCGUCCGGGACACAUCUUAUUGGAAUGUUGGACUUUAGUGAUUUCGAAAUGCAAGGUGUACUCUGCAUGCCCCCAAGACAAUUCGGCUGCGGCUCACAGGAAAAAAUUGAUGAAACAAGGAUGGAUGAACCAUUAACCAAAGAGAUCAACCAAAGUGAUUCGGGUAUUUUCUCGGCCACAAGCAACACCACCUGCACGGAGGAGACUUCUUGCAGGACGCACGACAAUGAUUCCGGCGAUAACAGAUCGGAUUGCAGUUCUCCGGAUAAAAAAUACUUUUGUCCGAUCUGCGAGACGAUGCUCACCUCCCAGCAUGAAUUCACACUUCACAUAAGGUGUCACAAUAACGAUACGGAGACGCAAGAUCCGGAGAAGGGUUACACCUGCAAGAUCUGCUUCAAAGUGUUGAGCUCUAGUUCGAGUCUGGAUAGGCACGUUUUGGUGCACAGCGGCGAGAGACCAUUCACGUGCAAAUAUUGCGGUGACACGUUCACGACGAACGGCAACAUGCAUAGACAUAUGAGGACGCAUAAGACGGAGAACUAUGAAUCGGAUGGAAGUACCGACAGCAAUACCAGUUCUGGUUCAAAAGGAAUCGAAUUCAACAAUAAUAAGAUCGAUCGUUACGAAGGCAAAAGGAAGCUGGAAGAUGACAGUUACAAAUUGCCGAGGAAACGUCCGCACCUGGAGGACACCUUCAAGUGUUUGGUCUGCGAUCGUGACGACUUCAGCACUCCGAAAGCUCUCGAAAUGCAUCUGGAAGAUAACCAUCCCGAUUAUCCUGCUAAAUGUCACCAGUGCAAUCAGAUCUUCAAGAACCACAAGAUUCUCAAUUUUCAUAGAAACACCGUCCACGUCGAUGGAGAGAACGGCAAGAAGAGUUCCGUCGUCGGUUUCAAAGAUUUAACGUUUGUCGACUUCAGCAGCGAGAAAUUUCCGCACAUCGCGCGCGCCGAAUGCGAGAAGAAUCUGCACAAGGCAACUCCCGGUCUGAAGUUUCAGUGCGCGAAGUGCUCCCGGGCUUUCCCCUGCGAAAAGUCCCUCGACAUCCACACCAAAGAUUGCGGCAGUCUCGAUCUGAGCUGCGGCGGCAGCGAAAACUCCAUGGACAAGUCGCGGUUCAACGAGAACGAGAUCCGUCGCAGCGAUUUCUUUUCGCGCUUAGACCUUCAAGAUAACUCUUCGGAGAAAGCUUCUGCUUACGGCGAUUCGCCCAUCAAAUUACAGCAGCGUCUGUUAGAAACCAUGAAAUCCAUAGAUAACAGCAAAGACCUCGCCGAUAUCCAAUCCAUCAUCUCGUUGACGACGAACGGCAGUCUUCUGCAGCAGCUUCAAAAUAAAACUGCAGAAAUAGCACAGUUAAAUGAUAGCGACAGGACGGAGGAGGAGGAAUCACAAGAUGUCUUCGCCCAAGAGUUCAGAAGGAUGAAGCUUCGCGGUGAGUUUCCGUGUCGCCUCUGCACAGCGGUAUUUCCAAAUUUGAGGGCUCUCAAGGGCCACAACCGCACGCAUUUGAACAGCACGAACAACGGCACCUACAGAUGCAACAUGUGCCCGCAUUCUUCGAUUGAUAAGGCCGCCUUAAUCCGUCACAUGCGCACCCAUAACGGUGACCGUCCGUACGAGUGCGGCAUCUGUAAUUACGCCUUCACCACCAAAGCGAAUUGUGAAAGGCACCUUAGGAAUCGCCACGCGAAAAGCACCCGCGAAGAAAUCAAAAAAUCUAUCAUUUACCAUCCCUCCGAAGACCCUACCAAUGAGGAUAUCACUAAACAGAUGGAAAUGAAGAAGCUUAACAGCAGCACCAAUUCUAUCGAUUCCAUGGAUUUGGCGCCAGAGAAGAUGCGCAGCUCCACACCAAAAAUUCCGGCCUUCCCAGAUAUCCAAAAACCGGAUAUCCUUCCAAGCAAAGUCAUGCCGUUUCAAAGUAUUAGCGAAAUGAUCCGACCGACAGAAUCGAUCUCGCCUCAUCUCAAUCCGCUAAUGAAUUUCACGCCGAAAUUCACAAACACCUCGACUCCUCACAAAGUCAACCCGAAGAUUCAGGUUAAAAAUUUACAGACGCUCAAGGAAAUACCCGAGUACGAGUAUUCGGAUGAAGACGAUGAUGAUAAUGAUGAGCCAAUGGAUUUAGUUUUGGACUUGAGCAAGAAGAAGGGCGACGAAAAGGAGUCGGCCGAAGAUCUCACUAAAAAGAACGGAGAAGCUUUGAAUGUGAGUGAAAUCCUGACGCAGCAAUUGCUGAAAAACACUCCGAAAAUUGAUCCUCAUGCAGCGCUUUACGCCUCGCAAAUAUUUUACCGUAACAGCUUCCCGAAUUGGCCUGCAUUCCCAAUUAAUCCAUUACUCUUUACUCAACCUCCAUUAAUGCAAGAUUCUGAAAUGAAAGAACGUCUUCAGAGAUUGCAGUUGUGCGGUGGUAGUAUGAUUGGUAGCAUGGAUUUCGCCGAACGUCUUAAAAAUCUCUAUCAACCCAACCAAUUCCCUGGUUUCAACAUGAAACAUUCCGAAUCGAAAUCAAAGAAUCACGAGGAUAUUCAACCGCUCUCCUUGAACAUCGAAAACAACUACAGCGAUAACAUGAAACUGAAAAGUCCUGUGGUGCAACCGAAACCGGAAAUGCUGCAAUCUCCCAACAGCGUUAAGAUGGUCAUCAAGAACGGAGUUUUGAUGCCGAAACAAAAACAAAGACGUUACCGCACAGAAAGACCGUUCUCCUGCGAACACUGCUCGGCAAGGUUCACAUUAAGAUCGAAUAUGGAGAGGCAUAUCAAGCAGCAGCAUCCUCAGUACUGGUCGCAACGCCAGAGGUCGUCGGUGGGAAAUCCCGGCCGCAAACCGCAGCUGCUCCCGGCCACAAUCAAGAACAGCUUGUGCGAGCUUAGCAUUCCGAAUUAUGAAGUACCUAAGAUGCAGGAAUUCGAAGAAACCAAAGACACGAACACCAUUUCCGAUAAAUUGAAGUACGCGAUUUUGGCGCAGCAUUUGCGUGCGGCUCAAGAAAACAAAGUAGAGAAGAUUAAAGAGGAGGAGGAGGAGGAAGAUUGCGCUUUAAUCAUUGAUGAAAAUGAUGAAUCGCCCAAAAACGAAGUUGAGAGUCCGGUGAAUUUCAGUAAAACAAAAAUUUUGGAGGAGAAAUUGAAGGAGCUUAGAGAGAAGCAGCUGAUGAACGAGAAGAUGAUUAAGAGCGAAGAAGCUCAAGAUUUGGUGCCAGUUUCGAGGCUUUUGGAUAAUGCUUCACAGCAACCGUUCAAAGAUUACUUUCGUCGCGAUGGAGACGAUAACGAUGGAGAGUUGAUUAGUGAGGAGGAUGAAGAAGGAUUGGUUGCUAGUGGAAGCACCAGCGAAGGAAAUUCAGGCACCGACGAAAAUAGAUCGGAGGGUGAAAGCGCGUCGAAUCAACCCAUAAAGAAGAAGUCUGCAUAUUCUUUGGCGCCCAAUCGAGUGAGCUGUCCUUAUUGUAGUCGUAAAUUUCCGUGGACUUCGUCGCUGCGCCGUCACAUUUUGACACAUACCGGUCAGAAGCCUUUCAAAUGCAGCCACUGUCCUCUAUUGUUUACCACCAAAUCGAACUGCGAUCGUCAUCUGCUGAGGAAACAUGGAAAUUCUGCGACAACAAUUUCCAAUGAAACCAUUAAUAACAACAACUUCAUGAUGAGGAACGUUCCCGAGAGACCGUUCAAAUGCUCGAGUUGUCCGAGCAGUACGUUCUCCACGUACUCCAACCUGAAGAAGCACAUGAUCAGCAAGCACGGAGCUCAGGACGAUCGUCAAGGUUACGAAGCCGGAAGUUCCGAAGAUGAAAAGAAUAAUAGCGAUCAGAAGAGCGAUUGGGAGGCGCAGAUCUCGCACGGAAAGCAACUUCCGUUGCCGUCGCACGACACGAAUCAGGUCUCCAAUUCGGAUCUACCAUUCAAGUGUCACCUGUGUGACAGUUCAUUUGGUGAGAGGCAGGAUUGCUUGGAUCACAUUCGCGAUAAGCACGCAUCUGAAUACGAUUUACUGAUGUCGAAGAACGCUUUGGAUGCGAAUGCCUCGACGCCAGAUGAGGGCGGCAACCAUGAAGAUGAGGAGAACGAGAUUCGCGGAAAGUUUCCGGAUUAUUCAAAUCGGAAGGUAAUUUGUGCGUUCUGCAUGCGUCGUUUCUGGUCCGCCGAGGAUCUCAGGCGGCACAUGAGGACGCACACAGGAGAGCGACCAUUCAGUUGCGACAUCUGCCGGAGGCGGUUCACCUUGAAGCACAGCAUGCUGCGACAUCGCAAGAAGCACAACGUUUCGUACGACAACGACGCCGCGCAGAGCGACGACGAAAGUGGCGCCAUCAUCGCCGUCUCUGCACCGGAGAAUCGCAUCGUCGACAACCAGAAGGACAACAAAAAUCUGAUCUCGAAAUUCGAAAGAACCGACGAGUCCGAUGGUAACGAGGGAAGCGAUUUGAUCAGCAAUCUUCUCGGCAUCCGAGACAGAUCCAUCAUUGAAAAGGUGCUCACUGCAUCCGCUGAUGACGCCGCUAAACUGUUGGGCGUCGGAGAAUAAGUAAGGUUUUCUAUUCUAUUUUUUUUUGUUUCGUUUACGCAUUCAUAAAUUGGUCGAGGUUAUUUAAAACUUUAAGUCUUGUAAAUGUUAAGGAGUUUUUAUAUAUAUAUAUA